AUGAGUCGAUAUGCUGCAUCUCACAUCAAGCCUGAAGGCGCUGGAGACUCGAGGCCAACUGCACUUCAAAUUAUUCGCGACGAAGGACUUGAAAACAAACUUGCCGGAAAAGUGGUUGUUAUUACCGGUGCAACUUCUGGGAUUGGCCUUGAGACAGCACGAGCAUUGUCUGCUACAGGCGCCACGCUUUUUUUGACUGCUCGGGACUUGCCAAAGGCCAAGACCUGCCUUCAUGGGAUAUUAGAGUCUGAUCUAGUGUCUCUAGUCGAGAUGGACAAUACUUCGAUUGCGAGCGUCCGAAAUGCAGCAGCUACCAUUCUGGAGAAAUCAAACGGCCUAGUUAAUAUACUAAUCAACAACGCCGGCAUAAUGGGAAUUACCAAUUUGACGCUCACAGAAGAUCAGCACGAAAUUCAUUUUGCUGUGAACUAUCUUUCCCAUUUCCUCCUUUUCCAGCUUCUUAGGCCGGCAUUGCUAGCCAGCGCAACAUCCGAUUUCAGUUCCAGGGUCGUCAACGUUUCUUCCUCUGCUCAUCGCGCCGGUAACCUUGAUCACUUGGUUAACGAUAAUUUUGAAGAGGGAAAGUACGAUCAUGAAGUUGCCUAUGCAAAUUCCAAACUUGCCAAUGUGUACAUGGCCAACGAAAUUGAUCGUCGCUAUGGGCACAAGGGCCUUCAUGCGACCAGUCUCCACCCCGGUGGUAUAAACACGAACAUCUCCAGGCACAUAGGCCCCGAAUUUGUUGCGCAAAUUAUGACGAACCCGGAAGUUCUCAAAAUCUUGAAAAGUGCAGAGCAAGGAGCUGCGACUACAGUGAUCGCCGCAAUCGGUAAAGAUUGGGAAGGGAAAGGGGGGAAAUAUCUAGAGAAUUGUGAGGAAGCCAAACGUGGCCCAGAUGACAAUAACGUCUUUGGUGUUGGAUGGGUUCGUCAGACCUAUAAUUCUGAGACCGAAGGACGCCUGUGGAGAGACUCUCUGAAAGUUCUGGGAAUGAGCACUUGA